AUGUUGAGACAAACAGAAAGAAAUGAAAUGGGAACAUUGACGAGAGAAGAAAGAAGAAGAAGACGAAGAGCAACACAAAAAUAUAGAACAGCUCAUGCAACAAGAGAAAGGAUUCGUGUCGAAGCAUUUAAUGUUGCAUUUUCCGAUCUUAGAAAACUUUUACCCACUUUGCCACCUGAUAAAAAAUUAUCAAAAAUUGAAAUUUUACGUUUGGCCAUUUGCUACAUAGCUUACCUUAAUCACGUGUUAGAUGUUUAA